AUGUCUCCUCCUCCUCCGGCGGCGCCAUCAAAUCUGGCUGGCGACAUCGAGACGUUGGGCUACGUGAACAGCAUGGUGGAGGCCUUCCGGGCCUUCGACGCCGACGACGACGGCUUGAUUAACCGCGACGAGCUGAAAGGCAUCAUGGCGUCGUUGGGCAACAGCGCCAGCGCGUCUGAGGUGGCGGAGAUGAUGAAGCAGGGGGACGCGGACGGCGAUGGGUUCCUGAGCUUGGAGGAAUUCUUGGAACUGAACACCGCGGAGCUGGAGCUGGGGGACCUGGCGGGGCUGCUGCAGACGGCUGCGGCUGCGUGGGACGAUGAUGACGACGAGGGAGAGGUGACGGCGGCGGAGCUGUACCAGCUGCUGCUGGGCGGAGCCACCAUGCAGGACUGCGUGGACAUCAUAUCCAGCUUGGACGUCGAUGGGGAUGGAGCGGCCGACGUUGAGGAUAUCAAGAUCAUAGCGCAAGCCUUCCUCGACUAA